GCUUUACAGCCAGUGAAAAAUCAGGGAUUUUUUUUGUUCCGGUGGGUGGUAACCCUGUACUGGCCGAGGGCUUGGCGUUGGUGUGGAUAAAAGCUAAUAGAUAUUGUAAGCACAUUUCCCUUUCGGAUAUUUCGUUUGAGAAUUUGGGACUACUUUUCCGAGACGUUCCGGCCGGGUAAGCCAGGAUAGUAUUUCUCAUAUCUGUGAAUUCCCGCCGAAAUUUCCGGAAAACGUUUGGUAAAUGUUAAAUAAUAGGUUUUCAUUUAGCCAAAGCAAUCCGUAAAUCACCGGCCCGGCUUAAGCUGUUUAAAGUCAAAUGGAAAAGAAAUUUUCGGGAAUAUCCGUUUGGGAACUGUGGACUACUUUCCGACACCUUUAGAGGGACUCCCCUUCUUCUGUUUGGCACAGAACGUUAAAAAUGCUAAACAUUUGCUUAGUGCCCCAGUUUCCAAUCUCACAUCAAGGGAGAAAAGUAACCGUAAACUACCGAGAACCAAAUUUUAAAUAGCCUGCGUGGCAGUCGAUUCUUUCCCAAGCGCACGAGAGGUGAAAGAAAGGCUUUACAUUUGGCAACCCCUGGGGAGGGCACUUUUUUAUGGGGCGCUUAUUGGAAGUGGCGCUUUGUAAAGGGUACUUGGUACCCAGGCUUCCUCAUCUAUUGUGCUUUUUUGGCGGUUUUGACGAUUUUGGCAAUUUUCAGAGGCGAUUAACGAAUGGCCGGGAAAUAUUUCUGGCAUACUGUAGAGCUCGAGAUCGCUAUUAAUUCACCAACACAAUAGCAGGACGGAAGGUUGGCAUGUGGAAAAGAUGUCAGAGUUCAAUUUGGACGAGUUUGCAUAUCAACGAAAGCGGUCAGCAUUUUCACGUGAUAAUUCACAUCAGCCAUGUGCAGCCUCUUCUUCACACUCGACGAAACACAGCUCGGAAAAUAAUUCAUCAGAGAGCUCUUCGAAUUCUAGCAAUGAGGCAAAUAGUGAACUUGACCCAAAUAGAGACAGCACAGGUUUAACAGAUUCAAAUCUUGCCCAAACUCUUGUCGACAUGAUGGAGAUUUUUCCAAGCGAAACUCGGCUUCAACUUGUCGAUGCCAUAACUUGUUCUAAUUCGCUCGAUGAAGCAGUCAAUUCAGUUUGCGAUAAACAGGCUUCAAGUUCUGUUGAUUGCAGAGACAAGAAUUUUGAAUGUUCAGGAAAGAAGAGAAAGAGGCAUCGUUUUCUUGAAGAUGAUGAAGAUAUUGACAAAGGAACAAAGAGGUCCCGCCAACUUGAUAACGAUGUUUUAGACCACAAUAAGUACAGGAAUAACUCAGCACAAAGUUCACAACCAGUGGAUGCAUCCAAUGAAGAUGGUACUGGUGAGAAAUCCUCAGAUCAAGACAAGGUUGAAGUUAUUUGUGUGUCAGAUGAUGAAACUGGUGACAGUGAUGUUGUGGUAACCGUUAUCGAUUGCACAGAUAAUAAUUAUUACAUUGCUGAUGAGAGUGAUGAGGAGGACUUCAAUGACGAGGAGAUGGUUACUAUUUUGUCGUUUUUCAAUGACUGUUCUCUUCAAGAAUUGACAUCUGUUCCUACCUUGUCAGCCAAAAAAGCUGAGAAAAUUAUCAAGAUGAGACCUUUUGACUCCUGGAAUGAUCUUGUAAGGAUGUUUCUGUUAACAAACCCGUACAGUCUGUAUUACAUUGUAAAGUGCAAAACUCAAAACAAACUGUGGAGCAACUUCCCCAUCGGCAGGAGAUUCACUCAUCACACUGUCAUGAAAUUCGUCAUCACAAGACGAUGCCUGCAAUUGCCUGAAAAACAAGCCAUUUCAACAGAUCUAUCAAUUUUUCUGCAGGGUCUUGGGAAAACAGUUCAAGCCCUUGCUUUUCUUGCUCACUUGUGUGAAACUGGAGAAGAAGGCCCUCAUCUGAUUAUUGUCCCUUCAUCGACACUAGACAACUGGUGUAGGGAAACCAAGAAAUGGUGUCCAUCAAUAGAAUUCUUUUUAUACUAUGGGAGUCAAGAGGAAAGACGUCACCUGCAGGAUGAGGUGCUUGAUAGAGAAGUGAAACCUGAGAUUAUUAUUACCACCUACGCUGUUGCCACUGCAAGUGAUGACCGUGCAUUCUUGCGAAAACUUAAGUGUCACUAUGUGGUACUAGACGAGGGGCACAUGUUAAAGAACAUGCAGUCACAGAGAUACCAGGGACUUAUGAAGGUCAAGGCCCGUCGACGACUUCUUCUCACAGGGACCCCGCUACAGAACAACUUAUUGGAACUGAUGUCUCUCCUAAGCUUUGUGAUGCCUUGCAUGUUUGGUGAAAGUGUACAAGGGAUCAAACUACUCUUUUCCAACAGCAGAAUGAAUGGUGAACCAGGAAGUAACUAUGAGAAGGCCACAGUCGCUCAAGCCAAGAGGAUCAUGAAACCUUUUGUACUACGAAGACUCAAGAAAGAUGUUCUACAGCAGCUUCCUGCAAAACAUGAUCAUGUAAUCAAGGUCGACCUGAUUGAGGACCAGCGUCAGUUGUACGAUGACAGCUUUGUAAACUGUUCAAAACAAUUCAAGCAAUCGGAUGCAGGUUCGCAGUACAGUAAUAUUUUGAUGCUGCUUCGCAAGGCCGCCAAUCAUCCUUUAUUGCUUCGCAGCCACUACAAAGACGACGUUUUACUUAAGAUGGCCAAGAAGUAUUGCAAGGAUCCUGCUCACCGUGACUCCGAGCCAGAUCUGGUGUUUGAGGAUAUGACAGUCAUGUCGGACUUUGAACUCCAUUGUCUCUGUCGUGAAGAACAGAGGCUGGCGGAUCAUUGUCUUAGUAAAGAGAUCUUGUUGAAAUCGGGCAAAUUUAUCUAUUUGGACUCUCUGCUUCCGAGCUUGAAAGAGAAGAACUGUCGCGUACUGUUGUUCAGCCAGUUUACAAUGGUAAUGGAUAUUAUAGAGGUCUAUCUGUCAGACAGACGCCAUCGUUACUUGAGACUGGACGGUCAGACGUCGGUGGUGGACAGACAAAGUCUUAUUGACAAGUUUAAUGGCGAUCCUGAUAUCUUCGUGUUUCUUCUUUCCACCAAAGCAGGAGGCCUGGGCAUCAAUCUAACCUCAGCCAAUGUUGUCAUCUUGCAUGACGUGGAUUUUAACCCGUACAACGACAAACAAGCGGAGGACCGCUGCCACAGAGUGGGCCAAACAAGAGUCGUAACUGUAUAUCGCCUGAUCGCUAAGGACACGAUAGAGGAAGGCGUGCUUCAAUGUGCACAGAAUAAACUCCGACUAGAGCGAGACAUGGCCGCCUCAGACGAAGGUGAGUUACAAAGGAGUUGUUAUUUGUGCUUGUCUGUCGUUGCAUUCCCCCCUCCCCCUUCCCCCGCCGCCCCCCUCCUUGUCCUCUACUACCAUUGUUAAAUACGAGGUCGUUGUAUUGCAAUGAGAAUAUCGGGCUGUCGUAGAAGUCACAGUACACGUCACUAUGGACCACCACCCCACAAACCUAUUGUUUUCAUCGUUUUCCACGUUCUUUUGUCUUUUUGUUCUCUAUUGUUUUACGUCAGCUGUGUCUUCUACACCUAGUAAGAGCCGAAUAUCGUACGUGGACAAUUUGCACUUUUGAAGAUCUGAUCACUUCAGCAUUUUAUGACUGGUCCAAAGGGAAGCCGAGACCCGGAUGUUGAGGGUCGAGGGGAAACAAAACUCACUGUUUCCUGUGGUGCCAGUCAAUAAGUGUUUUGUUUUACCUCCCAACUCAAA